AUGGGUGCGCUAGAAGGCACCGCCGACUACUUUGUCCGUCUAAUUCGAAAGUUCUCGAUACAGCAAGCGUUAUCUUUCGAUGUGAAACAGCGUGUGCAAGACGAUUUCAAUACCCAUACGCAGACGGUCAUGCAGAAUUUGGUUUGGACGGGCAGCUGUAGGUCCUGGUUUAAAAACAGCCGUGGAAGGAUUACGGGCGUAUGGCCCGGCAGUGGCCUUCACUAUCGCGAAUUCCUGCAGUCAGAUCGAUGGGAGGACUUUGAGUGGAAAUAUAACGGCAACCACUUCGAUUCUUGGGGCCUUGGCUUUUCGCAAGCCGAAAGGGAGGAGAAUGCGGAUCUGAGUUAUUGGAUCAAAACGUAUCCCAACAUGCCUUUGGACGCUCUUCAGCGUGUUUAUGACGACCAAGACCUGGCCAGGCGUGGAGCAUGCUGA